UCCGAGUUAAAUAACCCAAAAUAAUUAAGAACUUGUCAAUAUAUGGUUUCCGAUGGGAUAAAAAUUCGAUGAGCUUAGCUGAAAACUUUCCGGUACCUUCCCCAUGAACCCACCACCGCCACAGCCGCCGCUACCCACGGUCGCCGUCGCUUUCCCUCCAUCCCACACUUCAAAUUCCCGGCCUCCACCACCACCACUUCUGCCUCCACAGCCAACACCACCUCCACCCUUAUUUUCCGUUGCCCUAUCUAAUCUCACCUCGCUUCUCCACCUUUCUACCACCGCUCUCCGUUCUCUUCCCACUCCCAUCUGUACCGCCGCCGCCUCUUCUCCCUUUCUCAUAUGCCCUUACAACCCUAACCACCGUCUUUCUCCUUCAUCCCUUUUCUCUCACUACCUCAAUUGCCCUUCCCCACUCUCUCUUCCACACACUUUCCAGUAUCAUACCACUCUCCAGUCCGCCACCCCAUCUUCUCUCUCCACCACCCCAUAUUCUCUCUCCACCACCUCAUCUGAUCUCACCAUCUCUCUCGACUAUUACAUAGCCUACAACGCCAAUUUCUUUUACAAAAACUGCCCCGGCCCUGUCACGCCUUCUACUCCCCCGUCCUCGUUGCUAAACUUACCUAGGGAUUUGUAUAUCGAGUGUGGCGACUUCAUUGUUGAUCCUCCUGCGAAAGAAGCUGCGAGCCACCCAGUGGACUUUAUUAGGUUCCUUCCUUCCGAAAUUUUGGCGAUUCAUAGUGAAACCGAAGCCUGGGGUGCUGAUUUUCCGGCUGUGUAUUCUUCUAGAAUUCUGCGUGCAGUUCUGAGGUUGAGAGACUGUAAUCUAUCCUGUUUGAACGACUGGAUUGUAUCUAAUUCUCUUAGAUACGGUGUGAUAAUCGAUCUUUCCAUGAGGGAUCAUGUGGUUCUGUUGGUUAAGUUGUGUUUAAAGGCGGUUGUUAGGGAGGCUUUCGUGUCGGGGGGGUUUAUGUUUGGAAACAGGACUAUGGAGACCCAGAGUUUUGACUGCUCAGUUUUGGUGAAAGUGGUGGCUUGGUUGGCUUUGCAGUUCUCUGUAUUAUAUGGCGAUGUUAAUGGGAAAAUUUUUGCUGCUGAUGUAUUGAAGAAGUGUAUAUUGGACUCUGCAUCGCAUGCAUCUUUUUUUCCUUUAGAUCAAAAUGAUACCAAGUUUAGUGAUUUUGAGAAAGAUGAUUGUGAGGGGCAAGAGUUGGUGCGAAGUAUUUCGGCCAUUGAUGACUCCCAACAAGAUGAGGGAGAGAAUGUAAAAAGCAAAACAGUUGGGAAUUGUAUGAUAUUUUUGCCUCAAGUGGCGGCGGCUGUUGCAGCACUACAUGAACGAUCAUUGAUUGAAGAGAAAAUUAAGUCAUUACGCAAUUCACGGCCAAUUUCUGCUUUUGAACGCAAUAUGGAGCAUGCAUAUUUGUCCAAGAUGGCUGGUGAGGAGCGAGCAAAACGUCCUGAGUAUAGACCUAUAAUUGAACAUGAUGGUUUUCUCUGGCAAAGGUCAAAUAAUCAGGUCAGUACGGAAAAGACGCAGGAGGAAUUAUUAGCUGAAGAAAGAGAUUACAAACGUCGGAGGAUGUCAUAUCGUGGCAAGAAAUCCAAGCGAAAUACAUUAGAGGUGACAAGGGACAUCAUAGAAGAAUUUAUGGAGGAAAUCAAGAAAGCCAGUGGGACUGGUGACAUUUCAGAGAAUGUGGAGAAAACUGAAGUUUUUGGAACAGAAAAUAUGAAUACGCAUGCAAGCUCUACUAAUGUUUCUAAAUCGGAGAACCAUCGUGAAAUUCCUGAUGAGAGCAGAGAAGGAUCGCUUGAUUACAGGAAAGAGUUUAAUACUUCUUCUCAUGAUGAUUAUGACUUUGAGAAUGACAUUCAACAGACAAAACGAGAUCCAAGUUGGGAUCGUGGGCACCAAGAUCGCAAUAAAGGCAUUGACAGAAAUAGACAAGACAGAGGAGAUUAUUCCAGAAGGCGAGAUGGACGAUUACACGGAAAAAGGAGUGAGUCACACGAGCAUAAGCAUCGUAAGAGAAAUAGGGAUGGGCAUGAGGAGGGUUAUAAUCAUGAAAAAGAAAGAGACGAGCACAAGAGAAGUAGGCAUAGAAAAAGAGAGAGUCACGAAGAUAAAAGGGAGCAAUGGGACGAAAGGAUAAGGAAGAAGAAAAUGAGUCAUAGUAGCUCUCGUCGUGCACACCAUGAGUUUGAUGACAGAUACGAGCCUGCGGGAUCCCAUGAGUUUUACAAGGAUGAUUUCUGAAGUUUUUGCUGACUAAAAGUUUUGGUGGACUUAGGUUGCUGAUGCUUCUCUUCAUAUAUGUAUGAGGUUUCUUCUUACAGACUGGACAAAAUUCAGAUUGGUUAUUUUCCAACUUAUGCAAGCGGUCGUGCUGGUGUUUGCAAAUUAUUCACCAUUUGUAUCCUUCUUUGUAUCCUCCGAGUUUAUUUGGUUUCACUAUAAGAGAGAUAUUUAUAGUUCUUUUUAUUGCAUUUGGCUUCUAUGAUUUUGAUUUAUUCAGGUAUUUAACUGAAAUAUUAUCACUAGAUUUCCGCAGCUCCAUAUUUUUCUAUUUCGGUUACUGUAGCGGCUGAGUCUUUUCUCCUGCAGUCCUGCUUCUUUCCUGAGAUGGAUUCAUGCUGCCAUUUCGGUUUAUUUGGACCAACAGAACUUCUGAUGGAUAUGAAGAAAGUGUCGUCAUGAUGGAAUACAAAUACAAUGCCUUGUCAUGCUGCUGUAUCCUGAUUUGUUAACCACAGGAUUUUUCUAUUUUUCUGCACCACUGGUUUUUGUCGCAUUUAGCUGCUUUUGGUACUUCCUUAGCUGUAGCCUGUAUAUACAUCCAAAGAGAAUUUAUUUGUCUCAUUUCACCUCCUUUGCUCUCGGUGAAAACAACUAUUGGGAAUCUGGCCUUUUGUCAUGGUGUUUGCCUUGCUUACAUUUAGUACAUUGUUGGGUAAUAGCUGGGAUAUAUUGGCUACUGUAUAGGCUAAUUUCUCUGCUGGUCUUGAAAAAAGGGAAGCAUGUAAGAUUUUGUAAACAUGGGUGAGUUUGGUGAUGCCUGGCACUUGUAAUUUGUAAUUUUGUAAUUUUGGAAGAGAAAGUGGAGUUUGUUUAAAAAAUAAAAAGUGUAUGCUUAUGCCUCAUGAAUAGUUUUCUUGCGAUGGAAUUUUUCUUUUCGACCACUCUAUAAUAACUCUCACUCUCCAUGCUCGAAGUCGG